AUGGUCCAGGAGGGGAGGGCCGUGCAGGUGGUGGGAGCUCUGAUUGGGAAGCAGGAGGGCAGAAACAUUGAGGUGAUGAAUUCCUUCGAGCUGCUCUCUCACAGCGUGGAGGACAGGAUCGUCAUCGACAAGGAAUACUAUUAUACCAAGGAGGAGCAGUUCCCACAACAGACAAGAGUCACGGAGACAAAAAGAGUGGACGAGACAGGACACGUCCCCAACAGCACUCUGAGAGCCUCUCGGGGGUUUGAGUUCAGUGCUGCCAUCAUCAACGGACAGGCCACCAUGCUGUUCGCUGAACUCACCUACACCCUGGCCACGGAGGAGGCAGAGCGCAUCGGCGUGGAUCACGUGGCGCGCAUGACGUCUACGGGCAGCGGAGAGAACUCCACCGGUGAGGUCCCGUUUAAUCAUGAGAUCCUGCGGGAGGCGAAUGCUCUGUGUCACCGGCUCCCAGUCCUCAGCACUCACAAGUUCAAGACAGACUUCUACGAUCAAUGUAAUGAUGUUGGCCUCAUGGCUUAUCUGGGAACCAUCACCAAGUCCUGUAACAGCAUGAACCAGUUCAUCAACAAAUUCAACGUGCUGUACGACAGGCAGGGGAUCGGACGCAGAAUGAGGGGGCUGUUCUUCUGAGGGACCCCGAAACUGAGGGUCCCAGCUCAGAGGCGGAAACAAGACGGUGUGAUCCAGUCCUGGUUUCACUAAGAGUUU